AGCGCGCUGCGCGUCCUCGCUUGUUGUUCCCGCAGAGAGGGCAGAAGAUGGCGGCCGUGUCGAGCGGGCCCGCCGCCGGGCUCCCGAACCCCAACCCGAACCCGAACCCCAACCCGAGCCGCGAGCGAGCGCAGCCCAACGCCCCCAUACACCACCCGAACGCGAGCGUCAGUCGCCCGCCCGCCGUGCGCGUCGGAUACUACGAGAUGGAGCGCACCAUCGGGAAGGGCAACUUCGCUGUGGUCAAACUCGCCACGCACAUGAUCACCAAAGCAAAGGUUGCGAUAAAGAUUGUUGACAAGACUCAGCUGGACGAUGAGAACCUGAAGAAGAUCUUUCGAGAAGUUCAGAUCAUGAAGAUGCUGAGACACCCUCACAUCAUCCGCCUCUACCAGGUGAUGGAGACGGAGCGAUUGAUCUAUCUGGUGACGGAGUACGCCAGUGGAGGAGAGAUCUUCGAUCAUCUGGUGGCUCACGGGCGCAUGGCGGAGAAAGACGCGCGGCGGAAGUUCAAGCAGAUCGUAGCCGCGGUUUACUUCUGCCAUUGCAGGAACAUCGUCCACAGAGACCUGAAGGCAGAGAACCUGCUGCUCGACCACAACCUGAACAUCAAGAUCGCAGAUUUCGGCUUCAGUAAUCUGUUUUCUCGAGGACAGCUGCUGAAGACGUGGUGUGGCAGUCCUCCGUAUGCAGCGCCCGAACUCUUCGAGGGAAAGGAGUACGACGGACCAAAAGUGGACAUAUGGAGUUUGGGUGUGGUUCUGUAUGUCCUGGUUUGUGGCGCGCUACCGUUCGAUGGAAGCACUUUACAGAACCUCCGCGCUCGAGUCCUCAGUGGGAAAUUCCGGAUCCCGUUCUUCAUGUCCACAGACUGUGAGUAUCUGAUCAGACACAUGUUGAUUCUGGAACCCAGUCGACGGCUUUCAAUGGAGCAGAUCUGCAAGAACAAGUGGAUGAGACAAGGAGACCCGGACCCGGAGUUUGACAGACUGAUAGCAGAAUGUGAGCAGGUGAAGGUGGAGAGAGAAACAGAGUUAAUUAACGAGCAAGUGCUAAUGGCCAUGUCAGAUAUGGGCUUCGACCGUGAGCGGACCUUACAGUCUCUGCACACGGAUGCGUAUGAUCACUACAGCGCCACCUACAGUCUGCUGUCUGACAAGCUGAAGCGGCACAAGAACCUGUGCAUGGCUCCGCCCACGCCCCGCCCCCUCUACCCGCUGCAGGAUCUGAGUAACGCCGUCAGUAUGACGGUACCACAGGUCCAGCUCAUAAACCCAGAGAAUCAGAUCGUUGAGACGGACGGGCCGAUGGCUCUGGACAGCGAUGAGGGAGAAGAGCCUAGUCCAGAGGCGAUGGCCCGAUACUUGUCCAUGAGACGCCACACUGUAGGCGUUCCUGACCCCAGGGCGGAGAUUCAGGAGGAUCUUCAGAAACUGGCCCCUGGGUUUCCUCGUGUGGCCCCUCAGCCGCCCUUCCCUCAGCUUGUUCCCACUAUGGCACAGAUGCAUCUGAUGCCCACCCAGAACAUGCAACCCACACAGCAGCUUGAGUACAAGGAGCAGUCUCUGCUGCAGCCUCCGACUCUUCAGCUGCUGAACGGUAUGGGUCCUCUGGGCCGCCGGGCGUCUGACGGUGGCGCUAACAUUCAGCUUCACGCACAGCAGCUGUUGAAGAGGCCGCGCGGUCAGUCGCCGCUAGUCACCAGCCCGCAUCCAAUUCCCGCCGUGGCUCCAGUCGACGAGGAGGGAUCUGACGCCGAACCGGAUCCGGAGGCUGUUCAGAGGUAUCUGGCGAACAGUUCCAAGCGGCACACAACACACGGCACGGGUCCCUGUCACAUGACCAGCGAGCUCUCGGACACACAGAGAGCCCGGCAGAGGGGCUGGACCCCCGAACAACACUGCCGGUCGUCGUAUAAAGACUGCAACACCCUUCACCUUCCGAUGGAACGCUUCUCUCCGGUGCGCCGCUUCUCUGAUGGAGCCGCAACCAUCCAGGCCUUCAAGACCCAGAUGGAGAACAACAGCCUGAUCCGCCAGCUCAAACAGGAGUGUGAGCAGCUGCAGAAGAUGUACGCAGCGGCGCAGGACAAGCGGAUGAUGGAACACACACAGCAACAGCACAUCCUCUACCAGCAAGAGCAGCAGAUCCUACACCAGCAGAUACAGGCCCUGUCUUUGGGACAUGGAGAAAACCAGCCCAGCAGUCACCUUACAUACCAGCUACAGAGGUUGCGUAUUCAGCCCUCCAGUCCUCCACCUACGCAUCCUAACAACCACCUCUUCAGACCAGCCAAUCAGAGUCCUCCGCCGGGCAGUCAGGGGAUGAUGCAGGCUCACGGCGGGGCUUCUGCGGUUCAGUUUCAGCAUGGCUCCGCCCUCUACCAGUCUCCCAGCGCCAGCCCUCCCCCCACCAGCCUCCCCCGCAUGGCCAAUCAGCAGCCUCCGUUAUCGUCAGGCUCCGCCCGCCAGCAGCAGGUGACCAUUCAGGUGCAGGAGGUGGAGCUCGGGGGCGGAGCUCAGCGGCAGGGUUUCCUAGCAACCCCGUGUCACAGAGUUCUGGGGAAACAGCUGAGCGCCGAUAACGCGGAAACACACAGUCGCAGUUUGAGUCGCUUCCACACUUCCACGUACGAGCAGUUUACCCCGCACCUGUUUGGCGAGGGCAACAUGAGCAGCGUGAUCGGCACCUAUAACCCGUACCUGCAGGGGGCGUGUCUGAAGGUGCCGGGUCUGGAGGGUUACCAGGGUUACGGGAGUCCGUCGGCGCUACAACAGGCUCUGCUAUCGCCCACGCCGCUAGAGUACCGGCCGCCACAGGUCACGCCCACUCUACAGGGCCUCCUCUCGCCACGCCACUCGCUAACGGGCCACGCCGACCCGCGCCUGCCGCCGCAAGACCUCGCCGCGCUCCUCAAGCGCCACUCACGCACAGCCCCGCCCCCGGCCACGCCCCCUGAGAUGCUGCUGCUGCAGCUGGGCCAAUCCGGCGAGAGCUUGGAGCCUCCGCAAGCCCCGCCCACGCAGCACUACCAUCACCUGCUCCAGAUAAGCCCCGCCCCUCCCUCGGAGAGCAUGGAGGAGGACGAGGCACCGGCCUAUCACGAGGGCCUGCUGGCCAAAGCCGCCGCCCCCUCCUGUGACGAGAUGCUGGCUCCGCCCCUCUGCAGCACGCCGCCCUACUCCUCUCCCACGCCUAGACACGCCUACAUGCGCGGCGCCACGGCGACAAGAGAGUCGUGUGACGCCUCAGACUGUCGGCCGAUGGAAGGAGAUCACAACGGCUACGGCUCACACAGACCCCGAGGAGCAUUACAGCGACAUCACACCAUCCAGACCUGCGACGACGCCUACGAGCAGGCGGAGCCUAUGUCUGGAAUGAGCUUAUUGGCUGGGAAGGCGCUAAGCUCCGCCCGCAUGUCGGACAUCCUCAGCCAAUCGUCUCUGACAGGAAGCCAGCAGCUGCAGCAGAGGGAGGGGUCAGACGUGGAGGCCGAUGUUCCCCCCGCCUCCUGUUACCCGUCCUCCUGCACCAGUGACAUGCUGCUAAGCUACAAACCCCCCGACCUGCAGUACAGUGUGGAACAGGCCGGGGUCUAACGAACACAGGGGUGUAUUUGCUGUAUAAAGCUCAUAUCCGUCUGCUGUGUUGUGCUGUCAUGCCAAAUCCUCAUCGUCUGUCCGUCGGGGCGCCGUGGGCGUGGCCAGCACGCAGGGGGCGGAGCACUCGGCUUCCUCUUCGACGCCAUUGGCCGUCAUGACAUGGGAGUUUCUCUGAUUGGCUGGGGCGAGUGCCGCCCGUCUGCUGAGGCCCAAUAAUCAUCCGCCCCUCCCCCACCCGACCACGCCCUCUUACCGCCGCCAUAGUAGCGCUCCCGCGCGCUCCGAUGUACAAGGCUUACACAGAGUCUUAUGUAAACACCCCCCACACACACACACACACACACACACACACAAAGAGACGUCAUUACCAAACGCCACAAACCCAAAGUAUUUCUCGUGAAGCCUGUGGGACGCCGCGGAUCAUUCCGGUCGGGCCGCGACUCUCACUCGCUCUUUCCUCACUUCUGUUCUUUUAUUUUUAACGCAUUUUUAUGGCUAAUGUUCUGUAGGAAUUAUGAUUCAUUAUUGUUUUCUGUAAAAGACGUUUUAUGGUUAUGACAUUAUUAAAAAGAAUGAUUAUUAUUAAACCGUUCUAUGUUGCAACAAGAGAACAGCAGCGUUUGUUUCCUCACAAAGUGAUUUUUGCACUUUCAGUUUUUGUUUUUUGCUUUUCCUUCCUGUUUCUUGUUCACCUCCUUCAUUCCAUACACCUGUCUGUCUGUCUGUGUGAGGUCUAUGACAGAUGCAUUGUGGGUAGUUUCACAGGUCAUGUACUGCUCAUAGAUGAUGAUGAUGAUGUUUUGAGCUUCAUUUCCUUUUCAAAGCUUUAUUGGUUAUUUUUUUGUGGAUGUUGUUGGAAAAGCUUUUGUAUAUUGUUUAUUUGCUAUUUCUGUUUUAAUGUCAUGUUGAUGUUUUAGCCAAAUGUACAGACAGACAGACAGACAGACAGACAGACAGACAGACGCUUCAUUUCACGUCUCAGAGUUUAGAGCCCAAUUGAAUGGAAGCUUCUCUCCACCACGGAAUAAAAACAAAAGGCAAUUUAUACGAA